AUGGCGUCAGAGGCGGCGCCGGGUCAGCUCGGCGCGCGAUGGACUCCUCCAGGAGGUGGCUCUGACGGGAAAGGGGGAGGGAGUAGCGGCGGUAGUGCCAGUGGUGGUCUGCGUGUAAAUAACAGCCUGUGCAACGAGAAAGUGCCGUUCAUUCCGCAAAACGGACGACGAGUCACAUGGUACAUCUGCGGUCCUACAGUGUACGACUCGUCGCACAUCGGCCACGCGCGAACGUACCUCUCCUUCGAUAUUAUCCGCCGCAUUCUUGAGGACUAUUUCGGGUAUGACGUGUUCUAUGUGAUGAACGUGACUGACGUGGACGAUAAGAUCAUUGUGAGGGCCAGGAGGGAUUACCUCAUCAAGCAGUACCUCCACGCCACGUCAGAUGCCGCCCAGGUCUUGGCCGACACGCAUUCAGCACUGGGAGCAGCAGUGGAGAAGCAACGCGGUGUGGUUGAGGGGUUGAAGGCGACAGCAGGGGGGGAGGGCAACGAGAAGAAGAAAGAGACGCUGCUGCAGCAGGCCGCACAGGAGGAGCUGAAACUGCAGCAGCUGGAAGGGGCGGCACAGGCUGUCUUGGAGCGGCUGGGCCCGGCGUGCGUGACAGCUGGCGGGCGGCGUGGCGUGUCUCUUCUGCUGGGGCGGCGGGCAGAGGAGGUGGAGGCGAAGGAGGGAGGGGCUGUGGGUGACGAGGCACAAGUUAAAGGUUCAGCAACAGAUGGGGCUGCAACAGCAGCGGGUGGGGAAGCAGCAGCAGCAGAAGCAGCAGAGGGUGACAGGAUAGCAGCAGAGGCCGCGGCAGAUGCACUGGCAGCGUCGUUGGAUGCGAAGCUGAAGGCGACUGUGACUGAUGUGUCCAUCUUCAGACGCCUGGCUGCCAAGUACGAAGUGGAGUUCUUUGAGGAUAUGAAGGCGCUGGGAGUGCGGCCACCUCACGUGCUGACUCGUGUCACAGAGUACAUAGAUGCAAUUGUCAACUAUGUGGACACGAUCAUAAAGAAUGGCUUUGCGUAUGCCGUCAACGGGAGUGUCUACUUUGAUACCAAGGCCUUCAAGGAGUCGGGUCACAUGUACGGGAAGCUGUGCCCCUGGUCUGUGGGCAGCGCUGAGCUGGCAGCGGAGAGCGAAUCAGACUUUGCCACGUCAGAGAAGCGCAACCGCAGCGACUUCGCCCUGUGGAAGGCCAGCAAGGCCGGGGAGCCAUCCUGGCCGUCGCCUUGGGGCGAUGGACGGCCAGGAUGGCACAUCGAGUGCUCUGCCAUGGCUUCAGAUAUCGUUGGGUUUCCCAUGGACAUUCACUCAGGCGGCAUUGACCUGCGGUUUCCUCAUCACGACAACGAGUUAGCGCAAGCAGAGGCGUUUCAUGGGUGCGGGCAGUGGGUGAACUACUUCCUGCACGCGGGGCACCUGCACAUUGAGGGUCUCAAGAUGUCCAAGUCGCUCAAAAACUUCAUCACCAUCCGCCAGGCACUAGAGAAGUACAGUGCGCGCCAGUUCAGAUUGCUCUUCCUGCUGCAGGCCUGGGACAAGCCAAUCAACUAUGGGGAGGGUGCGAUGGCAGAUGCGGUAGGGAGGGAGAAGCAGCUCAGAAACUUCUUCCAGACCGUUCAGGCUGAGAUCCGGGCGGCGGGGGAGCAGGGCGAGGAGGCAUGGAGCGAGUUGGAGAAGACUCUCAACGCUGUUGUGGCUACUGCACAGGCUGAGGUCCGCGCUCGCCUAGAAGACAACUUUGACACGGCUGGCGCCAUAGCAGCGCUCUUUGACCUCAUCUCAGCCACCAACGUGUACCUCAAAGACACAUCCGCCAAGAAACGACGCCCGCGGCCCCUCCUGCUGCAGUCCGCUGCCCAGUUUGUCUCCCGCAUCCUGCAGGUCUUUGGUCUGCUGGACUCGAGUCUGGAUUCGUUUGGCAUGACAGCAGGCGGAGCAGCAGCAGGGACUCAGGGCGAGCAAUCCAAGGAGGCCACUGUGCUGCCCUACAUUCAAGGAUUCUCAACCUUUCGUGACGAUGUGCGGGCAGCAGUGCGGAGAAACGCCACCAAGGACGAGUUGCUAUCCCUCACCGACAAAGUGAGGGACUAUGCAAUGGUGGACCUUGGGAUUCGCUGCGAGGACCGGGGCGGGGCGGGAGCAGAGGCAGCGGUGGUGAAGCUGGAUGAUCCCAAGGUGCUCAGGGCGGAAAGAGAUGAGCGGAUUGCCAAGGCUGCUGCUGAGGCGAAGCGGAAACUGCAGACGAAACUGGCUGCUAAGCUGAAGGACUUGGACCGGUGGCAGGCAGCGUCUGUGCCUCCCUCUGAGAUCUUCCGAAAAGCAACCGACAAGUACAGCGCGUGGGAUGACAAGGGCGUGCCCACACAUGACAAGGAGGGCAAAGAGCUGUCUGCCAAAGCCAAGAAGGGUGUGGACAAGGAGCUGAAGAAGGCAGAGGAGUCAUUUGCCAAGUACCAGCAGAAGAUGGGGGAGGACCCUGGGUUCCUGGACUCACUCAGAGAGGAGGUUGCCAGUCUGGAAGCUGAGCUAGCAAAGUGA